UUUCUUCAACUCAACCGCUAUAUAACCCCACACACCUCACUCAUCUUCUUCACAACAAAUCUUCUUCACAACAAAUUCAAGCUUCUUAAACUCAUCAAUGGCGUCCAUGGCUACAACCUUUGCCUCAUCUCUCUCAACCAAAACCAACACUUCUUGCUUCGAUCAAUCAUCCUUUUAUGGCGUUCCGGUGUCGUCUCCGGUCCGCAUCCAGCCGGUCAACUCGAGCCAGAACAGGAACAUGCAGAUCUCGAUGUCUGCAUCUCCGUACGAUCUCGGAUCGUUCACUUUUCAACCGAUCAAGGAGUCGAUCGUGUCUCGUGAAAUGACCAGACGGUACAUGACGGAUAUGAUUACGUACGCCGAUACUGACGUCGUUGUCGUCGGUGCUGGCUCUGCUGGUCUCUCGUGUGCUUAUGAGCUUAGUAAAAACCCUAACAUUCAGGUAGCCAUCAUCGAGCAGUCUGUGAGCCCCGGUGGUGGAGCAUGGCUAGGAGGACAACUGUUUUCCGCCAUGGUUGUCCGCAAACCUGCACACCACUUCCUUGACGAGCUCGAGAUCGAGUACGACGAGCAAGAAGACUACGUCGUCAUCAAGCACGCUGCUCUGUUUACCUCCACCAUCAUGAGCAAGCUUUUGGCCAGACCAAAUGUGAAGCUCUUCAACGCGGUUGCAGCAGAGGACUUGAUCAUCAAGGGAGGAAGAGUAGGCGGUGUUGUGACCAACUGGGCUUUGGUGUCAAUGAACCAUGACACACAAUCCUGCAUGGACCCUAAUGUGAUGGAGGCUAAGGUGGUUGUGAGCUCAUGUGGUCAUGAUGGUCCCAUGGGUGCAACCGGUGUGAAGCGAUUGAGGAGCGUUGGGAUGAUUGAGAGCGUUCCGGGAAUGAAAGCUCUCGACAUGAACACUGCCGAGGAUGAAAUUGUGAAGAUGACCAGAGAGGUUGUUCCCGGCAUGAUUGUCACCGGAAUGGAAGUUGCCGAGAUCGACGGAUCUCCAAGAAUGGGACCAACAUUUGGGGCUAUGAUGAUAUCUGGUCAGAAAGCUGCUCAUUUGGCAUUGAAGGCGUUGGGGCUACCAAAUGCUUUGGACGGAACACUCGUUGGAACCACGCAACCAGAGCUGAUCCUUGCUGCUGCUGAUUCUGGUGAGAGUGUGGAUGCCUAGAUGAAGUAGUAAAUAUUUAGAGGUUGAAAUUGGGGGUUUGAAUAAAUCAAUGUCGUUUGAUAGGACAUUGUGUUUGUUAUGUGGUUGGUUAUGAAUGGAAGAUGAUGCCUUUGUUUUUCUUUUUUUCUUUUUUUUUUUUUCUGUUGUGGUAAAGCUGUAGUUCAGGUUGUGAAGUACUCCAAUAAUAACAAAACUAAAAUUAUAAA